AUGGAUAGACUACCCACUCACGCAUCCGGCGCAACGAUUUGGGCAUUAGCAGCGCUGCUGAUAUUCAGUGUUCUGCGAUGUUUCUACAAUGUCUUCCUGCAUCCGCUCCGGAACUUCCCCGGUCCGCUCAAAAACCGUGCCUCCGGUCUCCCUAACGUGGUCUCUAUGCUACGUGGCAAGUGGACCGCCGAACUUCUCCCCCUGGUAGAGAAAUACGGCCCCGUCGUGCGCAUCAGGCCCGACGAGCUCUUGUUUACUCACCCAGAUGCCUGGAAGGACAUUUAUUCGCAUCAAAACGGAGCAGUUGUCAAGGGGGAAGAGUUCGGCAAGUUCGAACUCUUUUACCAGACCCGAGGCGUCACACCCUCCCUGUUAGGGGAGACUCGCGGCAAUCAUGCGCUCAUCCGGCGGCAGCUCAGCCAUGGCUUUAGUGACAGGACUCUCCGGGACCAGGAGUCAAUUGUCAAGGGAUAUGUUGACUUGUUAAUUCAGCAGCUGCGGGAGCGUUGUAUACCGGUCAACAAGACUGAUAGUGAGAAGGAGAAGCUGUUGCCGUCGAAAACAGCUUUCGACUUGCGCCACUGGUACAACUUCACGACCUUUGACAUAAUCGGCGACAUGGCUUUUGGCGAGCCAUUUGGCAGUCUCGAGACAGGCCAAGAAAGCGAACUGGUCAAGAACAUCGAGAGAGGACUAGCAUCGCAGCCGAUUGGAACAGCCAUGAAGCUCCUCGGCCUGGGACGAAUGAUAUCGUGGAUAGCUGGACGCAAUUCGAAAUUCCGCAGAAUCAACGGGCAGAAGACAGCCGAGAAAUUGAGGAGGAGAAUGGGCCUCAACGUCGAGCGUCCAGACCUCAUCGAACCUUUGUUGCGUAAGCAGGAGGAGUUGAACAUGCCGUUCGAGCGCCUGAGAGCCAACGCAGGGCUCCUUGUCAUUGCGGGGUCAGAAACAACGGCAACUCUUCUCUCUGGAGUCACCUACUUGCUUCUGACGAACGCAGAGUGCUUGCGCAAGGUCACAGAAGAAAAUCUGUCAUACAUGCUUGCCUGUCUCCGGGAAGCCCUCCGCUGCUAUCCGCCAGUAGCAGGCCCACUGCCUCGUGUUGUGCCAAAGGGCGGUGCAAAUGUUGCUGGUUACUUCGUGCCCGAAAAUACCGUUGUAAGCGUCGCACAGUGGCCGAUGAACCACAGCGCCCGCAACUUUAGCGAGCCGUUCAGCUUCAAGCCCGAGCGAUUUCUCGCGCCCGAGAGCUUCCCAGGAGACAUCUUAGAAGCGGUGCAGCCCUUUAGUAUGGGGCCUAGGGAUUGUAUAGGGAAGAAUUUGGCCUACUCCGAGAUGCGGACGAUACUGGCACGCUUACUGUUCAACUUUGAUAUCGAACUGGUGGAUCCCAAGAAAGACUGGUUGGAUCAGAAGGUCUUCUUUCUUUGGACGAAACUCCCACUGAACGUGUAUUUGACACCGACAUCGGCCACAUCCUGGAGCUGGACGAUUCCCAGUCUCGUUGCCCUGGCUGGAGCUAGCCUGGCUGCCUUCUUUGCAUACAACCAAGAUGAGACUGCCAAUCUCAGACAGGACGAUUAUGCAACAAGGACAGAUAUGAUUUUGAGGUCAACACCAUUGAUUGAUGGUCACAAUGACCUCCCUUUCCUGCUCCGGUUGGAGCUUCACAAUCAGAUCUACGACAAUAAGUCUUUUCCCUUCCGUGAUAGCCUAGCCAGUCAUACAGAUCUAGCACGCAUGAAGGAGGGCCGAAUGGGCGGCCAGUUCUGGUCCGUGUUCAUCGAGUGCGAUUCGGAUCUCAAGGACCUGAACGACCCAACUCAUGCUGUCCGAGAUACCCUCGAGCAAAUUGAUGUUGCCCGCCGCUUCAUCUCCGAGACUCCAGAGCUUGAGUUCUGCGGCGUCUCGUCCUGUGUGCAGAAGGCUUUCAAGAAGGGCAAGAUCGCCUCCAUGCUGGGCGCAGAAGGCUUGCACCAGACGGGGUCUUCGAUAGCGGUGAUUCGGCAGCUGUACGACCUCGGCGUCAGAUAUAUCACCCUAACCCACAAUUGCGACAAUCCUUACGCUACCGCUGCGUCGACCGUGACGGCCACGGGGCAGGACGGCGGACUAACUGAGUUUGGCCGGGCCGCCAUCAGGGAGAUGAACCGCUUAGGCUUGAUGGCGGACCUUGCGCAUGUGUCGCACAAAACAAUGCGCGAUGUCCUGGAUAUUACGGAGGCGCCCGUCAUCUUUAGCCACAGCACGUGCUACGAGCUGGCCAAGGUAUACCGCAACGCGCCCGACGAUGUGCUGGCGAGGCUGAAGGAUAACGGGGGCGUUAUUAUGAUCAUGUUUGUUACUUAUUUUCUGAAUCAGGACCAUCCCGAAGCCGCGAAUAUCGAGACGGUGGUCGACCACAUAAUGCAUGUGGUUGAGGUGGCUGGCUGGGACCACGUCGGCAUCGGUGGCGACUUCGACGGCACGACCGAUGUCGCUGAUGGUGUAAACUCUGUGGCCGACUACCCCAAACUCAUCCAAGCUGUGAUGAAAAGGGGUGCCACGGAUGAACAGAUUCGGAAGUUGGUGGGCGAGAACAUCCUGAGGGCCUGGAAGAAGAACGAGGAGGUUUCUGCAAAAAUAUCUGCAGGUAGGAAGCCGGUUGAGGAUGUUUGGGAGGGAAGAACAUGGUUUAGCAACUGGGAAAAGUCCGUGCCUGUGAUGGUACCUGGAAACCCUAACAGGCACCAGUAA